CUAGGUCUAAGAUCACCGCCGGGGUCACAGCUAUGCUGUCCAGGACUCUGCUGCUCAUCUUUGGUGUGCUGUUGCUGCUGUCCCCAGCCCAGGGAGGGAUCCAGCGAAAACGGAAAUAUGAAGUAGCACAAGGUCAUGUCGAGAUCAAAGAGUGUGAGAGGAAGCCCAAAUGGUAUCUGUGCCGUCGCCAUUGUGAAGCCGACCGAGACUGCCAAGCGAAUAACAUAUGCUGCUCCGCCAUGUGCGGCAAUGUGUGCAUGAACCUGUUGGAUAACAAUGUGUGGAAGAUGCCUGUCACCCCUCCCCCUGACAUUGUCUACUCAGGGAGUGGGUCCCCAGCCAGCUUCGAAGGAGAUAUGGUUCUGUUCACAUUUACCGAGCCAUCUGUGUCAUCUGUGCCAUCUGUGUCACCAUCUGUGUCACCAUCUGUGUCGCCAUCUGUGUCGCCAUCUGUGUCAUCUGUGACAUCUGUGUCAUCUGUGUCAUCAUCUGUGUCAUCUGUGACAUCAUCUGUGUCAUCUGUGACAUCAUCUGUGUCAUCUGUGUCAUCAUCUGUAUCGUCUGUGUCAUCUUUCACCGCUACAACUGAAAAAUAA